AGUGUUUUCAGCGUAAUCAGUUUUGCCGGUAUUUUGAUUUCGGCAUUCACCAAAUCGAUUUUUAAUGUGUUGUUGUGGUGCCACUUGUCAAACACUUAAUCGCAACACAUUGAUCGGGGAAUGUUUGACAUUUCGCUCUUAACAUACGUCUGUGUCUCAAACACCGAUGAUGCUACCUCCAUAGUUCGCUCUCUUGCUCACUCGCUCUCGGCAAACCAAAUCGUCCAUUCAACGUGGAGAGUCCAACCACACUCAGCAUAGCAUACAGAAAGAAGUCGAAAGAAAAAUAGUCGGCAUGGAACACCAAACGUAACAAGCAAUUCAUUCGGUCAGAACAUACUAUACACAACUACAUAUUUAUACGCGCGCGUGUUUAUUGACACAACUUCGGAAUAAUACUCGCUCUCUCUCUCUUCAUAUCGAAAAGAAGAAUAACCACGGAGUAAGAACAGCAACGACGACAAAAACAACCAGAGAGGAAGAAUAUAAUAGAGUAGAAGAAGCGUUCCGGGUGCAAAGACACACAACACGGAGAACACACGGGCAGGAGAAUAAAAAAAAAAACAUACACAGAAAUUGAAAAGAUGGUAGAGAUAAUAACAAUUUGUUGAAUUAGAAUAGAACCGAGUGUGAUUAACAAUUUCAUAAUUUGUAUGGGAUUUCAGUGAAUGGUUGAAUUUAGUGAAUGCUGAUUGUGAUUUUAUUCAGACAAAAAGUGAAUUUUCGAAAAAAAAUUCUUAGAAACAAAAGAAAUACACACACCAACACACGGAAACGAAAAAAAAAAGUGUUUUCUUUUUCGCCAAUCGAAUCAGAAGUGUGUAGCAUUUUUAGCAAAGAAAACACAGCGUUCUCAGUGUGCAUUCGGAAUAUGUCAAUUAAUUUGUUGUCCGUGAUCGAAAUUCUAUUGAAUUUUUUCAUUGCAAAUUCAGUGUGCCGAAAACUAAUUUGUAUGUUAAUCAAAGUGUGUGUGCAUUAUCAAAUGAGAUACGGAUAAAAGUGAAAAGUGUUGUAAUUCUCAAUAUAUGAUGCAAGCAAUAUAACAAGUGUACUUGUUUUCAAAGUAAUUUCGCUAAUCUUUCAAUCAAUUUUGAGAGGGAGAAAUGUAUGGAGCCCGACAAAUCGGCCGUAAAGAAGUGAUAGCAACAACUGCAAAAUACAUCGCGUAAACGUGACCAAAACUGAAGGCAACAAAAGAGGAAUCGUCUCCAUUUUUGUGGGAUAAUUUAGGUCCAUCGAGAGAAGAAGCAGCAGCUAAGAAGAGUAGAAUUAUACAGAUAUGAAAUAGGGAGCAUGAGAAGAAUGAUCUCGCUAGAAAUAGCGUGUAGAAUGCCAUAAUGGUUGAUUUAGAUGCAUAGCAGGCAAAGAGAAGCCAAUUCUGUUGAAUCGUCAUUUUUAUUGUUGCCAAAAAAAAAAACUGACGAAAAACCAUCACAUACAUAUAUACACACACACACACAAAUCCAACCACCACCCAACGAGUCAAUUAAAACUUGAUCUGGAAAUAUUGGUCAAUUCAAAUGAUAUUAUACCAACGGUACAAAUUGCAAGCAAAUUAGAAAACUGAGCUAGAAAAUACACACAAUUUUUUCGGUUGUUUGCUGUCAUAAAAUAUAAGAAAGCAAACCAAUACUCACAACGAUUUUAAUAUUAAACAAGAGGUACGCGGCAGAGAGAAGAUAAGGAAUUCACCAAAAAUGCGCUUCGUCUAUAGAAAUAGAAAACUUGCCUUAUUUGGCAUGUUUUUCCUGUUUGGCGCCAUGAUGAUAUUGAUCAAAUUCACGGAAUUCAGUCCAACAUGCCUGUUUCGAGAGGAUUCAGAAAAAGGACCAGUGAUGGUGCGCGAUCAGAAAUUUAUAUUGGGAAAUGACAAACAUUAUUAUCCCUAUCAUCGGCAAAUGCCGUUAAUCUUCAUUGGAGGUGUCCCGCGGUCCGGCACAACUUUGAUGCGAGCCAUGCUUGAUGCACAUCCAGAUGUCAGAUGCGGACAGGAGACAAGAGUCAUUCCGCGUAUAUUACAGUUACGAUCUCAUUGGUUGAAGUCGGAAAAGGAAAGUUUACGUUUAGAAGAAGCGGGUAUUACAAAAGAGGUGCUGAACAGUGCCAUAGCACAGUUUUGUCUGGAAAUUAUCGCAAAACACGGUGACGCUGCUCAAAGACUGUGCAACAAAGAUCCGCUCACACUCAAAAUGGGCUCAUACGUUAUCGAACUCUUUCCAAAUGCAAAAUUCUUAUUUAUGGUUCGAGAUGGACGUGCCACAGUGAACUCGAUUAUAUCGCGUAAGGUCACUAUAACUGGCUUCGAUUUAUCGAGCUAUCGCCAGUGCAUGACCAAAUGGAAUCACGCCAUUGAAACAAUGCACAAUCAAUGCAAAGAAAUUGGCAGUGAUAAAUGCAUGAUGGUGUACUACGAACAAUUGGUGCUACAUCCAGAAGAAUGGAUGCGAAAAAUUUUGAAAUUUUUGGACAUUCCCUGGAACGAUUCGGUUUUGCAUCACGAAGAGUUCAUCAAUAAGCCGAACGGUGUAUCGCUAUCAAAAGUUGAACGUUCAAGUGAUCAAGUAAUAAAGCCAGUGAAUUUGGAAGCGUUGUCCAAAUGGGUUGGACACAUUCCAGAGGACGUAGUACGAGACAUGGCCGAUAUUGCACCGAUGCUCUCUGUAUUAGGCUAUGAUCCAUAUGCAAAUCCACCCGACUAUGGAAAGGCAGAUUCGUGGGUAAAAGACAACACCUUAAAGGUAAAAGCCGAAGAGAAGCUCUGGCAAAAUCGUGCCAAUCAACUAUUGCAACGAAUUGAUUUGGGCGAAGAGACAUCAAACAUAGAGGACACUGAUUCGCCCGAUGGUGACAAGAAUGACAUUCACAAUCGAAAUAGUAAUCGCAAUGACGAACAAACAUGAUAUCAAUACGCACGUCGAUCAAGAUCACAUUAAAUAAAUUAUUGAGCUCGCCGCUGGCAAUCGUGCAAUCGAAAGUCAAACAAAAGCUAGAGAGACACCGGUGUCUCUGCGGUAUUGAACGAAUGAGAGAACCAAAGAUUCAAACAGCUUCGAUGCAAUUUUUUUUUUUCAUUAAUAAGACUCACUUAUACAAAUAAGUUUGACCAGAUGCGAGCAACCAACAUAGAUAUUUGCUUUUAUAUUUUGGAAUAAAAAAAAAAAAACAAUGAAGAGGAAAACGAACAUUUUCUUCCAAAUAGGAAUGAUAUUUAUUUUGGAAUCGGCGAUUUUGAGAGACAAAUGUGAGACGAAAAAAACACAAAACAGAAUCAAUCAGGUGGAUCAAAAUUUCUUCGCAUUUAAGUAUGAGUUUAACUUAUUCUAAUAUACUCCAUUUAGAUAGGGAAAUCCAGAAAAAAAAUCGAUAAUCGAUCAAUUCGCAGCUUAUUCAAAACAUAAUGAAUGUGAUUUAUAUUUAUUUAGAAAGAUGCGAUAUUGUGCAAGAUGAAUCUGUUUAAAAUUGGUGAUUCGAAUCAAACUAAAAUACUUUGUUUUUGUUUUUUUCAUUUUGUACAUGCAUUUGAAGCAGUAACAAAAAAAACUUACAAAACAAUUAAAUCCAUACAAAAAGAAACUGUGCAAAUAACUGACAAAUAGAUGAAGGUAGAGAACACAAUUGAAACUCACACACACAUGAAUACAAUAUAACCAUUUCGAGUGAUAUUUUAACGCAAAAGAUAGUCAUGAUAAUGGAAAAAUUCAAUAGUUUGAAAGAGAGGAACCAACACACAUCGCAUGCUAGAUAAAAUGAAAUCGCUACACUAUAUAUAUAUAUACAUAUGUUCGUCGCUAAAAUGUUUUGUGUAUUUUAUUCGUAAUGUAAUUAGUUCAAUGAAAAAAGAAGAAAAAUUGUAUGUAAAA